UCCGUUCCCCACUCGACAGCAUGGCUUUUGUUUGUAAAUAAUGUUCUAUUUGCAUAACUUUUAUCGAUUCGAUUGACGAGUUUUAUUCGCAUGUGUGUGCGGUGGUCCCAAAGUGAGCGACUAUUUGCGUUGGUCGGCGCUGGGUGGUGAACACUUUCAGGGUGAUAUUUUUAAUCUAGUCCCCCGAGCGAGAAACAGCGGUGGCAAUAUUGGAAGCGUGCAAUAGGCAAUACAUUUCCUAGUUCCCCAUGGAGAGGCAAUACAUCGGGAGCACUACCGUGAUCGUCGCUGAAAACGCAGCUUGAGGGAAUUCGAUCGUUCCGAUGGAGGCAGGUUUACGAAUUGAUUUGCUAGGUGAACUAGUCGUGUCGCAAGUGUGAAGUGUCUCGAAUUGAUCCUGUCGUUUCGUUGGGGGGGAAAUUGUAUGUGAGGAACAGUAUUUACAGGAAAUAAUCGCGCAAACAUGUUUCCAAAUGAGUCCGACACCGGAGCCAGACACUGCACCUUUCAGCCGGUGGGAGUUGUUACGAAUGGUGACGUAUAUCGAAGGCUGCAGGAACCGGAAGGGAACGAGCGGAGUGUUGUUAGUUUGACGAGCAACGAUAACGAGGCCGACGAGUACCGUCUGCUAAUCGAUGAAUCUGUCAAGAAGAGCCCAAAGACGAUGGGAGCGCCAGUGGGACGGAAGGUGCCGCUUACGGGCGGGAAUAGCUGCACGAGGAAUAGGAUUUUUGUGUGUGCCAUUGGGUUAUUCUCGUUUUUUACACUUCUGAUGAUGAAUCUACCGCUGGGUAGCGAGAAGGGACGGUCCGGGACGAUACCCGGCUGGAGUGUGAACACCUCCAGACUGACGGUGAACUAUGUGCUUCCGAGUGAAAAUACGACCAUCAUCGACCCGCUGAAUGUUUGCGCCACCGAGGAACGGAACGGAGAUGGUAACGAAAACGAGAAGGUGUUCUUGCUGAUCGUGGUUUGCUCGUCGGCACGGAAUUUCGAUGCCCGGCAGAUGAUUCGUGACACGUGGGGCAACACGGGCGAGUUCAACUAUGCGCAGUUCAGUCGAAUGCACGCACGAUUCAAGGGCGAAUAUCUCGACCCACGCCCAAUCCGGAAUUUGCAAGAUUUCAUCCGACAAACCGACGGAGGCGGCAGUGAGCCGCUGAGCGUUGCGCCAGAAAAUACCAAAGAGAGCGGCAACAAAUCUAGUCAGGGUAUCAACUCUACCGCACCACCUCCACCACCUUUACCAUCCUUUGCCACGCUGGAAGGAUAUAGCUUUAACGUGAAGGUAGUAUUUCUGUUGGGUCAAUCGGAGACGAAUUAUUUGCGCCAGCGGCACAAAUCGUUGCCGGAUGCGCAGCAACAGCAGUCGCAAACCGCAUCGCCGCCCCACAUCGAGCACAACCCAGCCUCGAGGGGUUUCCGAGCCAAAGCGAGGGCCAGUCUGUUCCCGGCCGGGGGUGACGUUGAUCCGGCGUUUAACGUGCGCGAGGAGGAACUCGAUGCACUGCAGGAGCGCAUCCUCAACGAGAGCGAAGUGCACGGAGACAUCAUACAGGAGAGCUUUAUCGACAGCUACAACAAUUUGACGCUGAAAACGAUUAUGCUGCUGAAGUGGGUUAACAACAACUGCGACGGUCGAGUGAAGUAUAUCAUGAAGUGUGAUGACGAUACGUUUGUAAAUGUGCCCAACUUACUACAUGUAUUGCUCGGGGGAACUGUGCCGCUUUAUAAGGCUUCGAUUCCAUUUUAUGAUCGUAAUACGGUGGAGGUAAAAUCGCAGAAAAAUCGACUGGUUCAAGUGAAGCGUCUGCUGACCGGAUUUCUGUUUUGUGAGGCGAAACCGAUUGCGGAUACAAGCAGCAAAUGGUAUUCUCCCAACUACAUGUACAGCAAAGAGUACUAUCCGAACUAUCUGUCGGGCACGGCGUAUGUCAUGAAUAUGGACGCGGCCAGACUGCUGUAUCGCACCUCGCUGACCACUCCCAUCUUCCACCUGGAGGAUGUCUAUCUGACGGGAAUCGUGGCCGAUCGGGUGAAACUGCGCCGCUAUCACCAUCCGCUGUUUUUCUACUCAUACACCAAAGACCCGUGCGCGUUGCGGGGCAUGAUCUCGCAGCACUGGCUGCAGCCAAACGAUAUUCGCAACGCGUACGAUUUCAUUACGAACAGCACGGCGGCCUGCAGUGGACCGGGUCGUAACUACACAAUGGCCGAGAUGAAGCUGCAUCAGCGGAAAAAGUGUCAAUGACAUCGGGUCACCACCGCCGCCACCGUCACCCACGGCAAGCGAGGCUAACUUCUAGAGGGGCACCGUAGCAUAAUGUUAUGCGGUGUAGAUUUUAGAUCGACACUUGUUUCUUCACUAACUACUUCGUUCUCUCGUUUCCAGAAACUCCUCCUCCGUCUAGUGAUAACAAAUUGAUGAAAUUGUAUUAUAUGACUUUUAGAUAUUAGAAAGUAUUUAUCAAAAUGUAUUUUAUCGUGUGUGUUGAGCGGAUAGCGAGCACAUCUUGUUGGCAGGAGAGAUCUUUUCUUCGACGUUAAAGAUAACCUAACAUUUUUACUAGCGUGUACUAGAAAGAAAGAGCGGUAUUUUAGAUAGAUUUUUACAUAAUGCUAGUUUGAAUACCACCAUUGGAAUCCUGGCGCAGGAAACCAGAAGAGAAAUCGAAUUCUACCGAUUGACAGUCGACUCAGCCAGCAUUUAUUUCUUUAGCGUAGCUCCUCGGAUACCAUGACUACCAUUUUAAGCACAAAACACUGAACCAGGAUUUGCACAAUUGGAUUGUUUCGAGGCUGUUUAGUUUAGUAGGGAGAGUUAAGAUAGGCGAAUGAUGCAUUCGUGAUAGCACAACAAUCGAUUUGGUUAGGGCAACAUUUGAACGCUUACUGUUAGCAAUUACAUGGAACAAGGCUUCGCAUACAUACGGCGACAAAAGAAGAGUUUAGAAAAGACUUUAGGGAAUAGGAAUAAUCUAAACGAAAGAGGGAUAUAUGAUAAGACAUAGUCAAAACUGUGAAAGCUGUGAAAUUUAGUUCUUAUUCACUCUAGGGAUUAGUUUAUCACAUCUAGAAAUACAACAGACAAGCAUGGAGAUGCAA